AUGGCGGCCGGUGGCAUGAGCAGGGAGGAGAGGUGGAGCCUGGCCGGCGCGACGGCGCUCGUCACCGGCGGCAGCAAAGGGAUCGGCCACGCUAUCGUGGAGGAGCUGGCGGGGCACGGGGCGCGGGUGCACACGUGCGCCCGGAGCGCGGCGGAGCUGGAGGAGUGCCGCCGCCGGUGGGAGGCCAAGGGGCUCCCGGUCACCGUCUCCGUCUGCGACGUCUCCCUGCGCGCCAGCAGGGAGCAGCUCAUGGAGACGGUCAAGCAAGUUUUCGACGGCAAGCUCGACAUACUGGUGAACAACGCGGCGCAGAUUCUAGCCAAGGCGGCCGUGGAGUGGACGUCGGAGGAGUACACGCACCUCAUGGCGACCAACUUUGAGUCGUGCUUCCACCUGAGCCAGCUCGCGCACCCCUUGCUCCUCAGGGCCUCCAUCGCUGGAGGAGGUAGCAUCGUCAACAUAUCCUCCCUCGGGGGGCACGCUUGGGUUCCCGGGCCUCACAAUUUACAGCAUGACAAAAGACGACGAUGUUUUUGGAGACGAGAUCGCACUAUAACUUUUCAGCUAUCCAGUCUAACUACUUGUAAAAAAAAAACUCAAAGAAGCUCUAAUUGA